AUGGAGUGGUCCUAUGAAAAGGUAAUCCCUAUCGGUAACAAUCAGGCAUCUUCUAGGUCAAAACAAGUUGAAUGCCCAGUGGCAACAGUGCCGAUAAGUUCUCGAUUUGUCACUUUUGUUGUGAAGUUCAUUGAUCUAUUCUGUAUUGUGAUUUGUGGCCAGCUUCGUGCUCGUCUUGGUCAGCAAAAGAAUCCAGCCGAGCUCAUGGCCAAGAUAUACCAAAAUAUUGUGUCCCUUCUUAAAAAUGAUGCUGUCGCUAAAGUAGGAGUUGGUAUUCAUGGUGACAAAAUUAAGUUUUAA